AUGGAUCACUCGCAACUAGCCAAUCCUCGGCCCGACGCUGCUGGUAACUAUCCUUGCCCCAACGCUAAUGCUGCCGGUAACUAUCCUCGCCCCAACGCUAGUGGUAACUGGCCAAUGCCAGGAGGAGAUGGGUGGGACUUGUUACACGAUGAACACCAACCAGCUCUCGCCGCUUGUGCACCGCUUCAGUCUAGCACGCACCACAGGGCCCCAGGUGGAUUGCCAUUGCCCAUGAUGACAAGCCAAGGGGGAUUCCAAGGCCCCCCAGCUAACGAUAACACUACCGGUCAGACCGCAGGCCCCGGGCCGGCCUCAGGCACAUCAUACCAACACUCCAUGGCGCCCAGGCCCCCAAUGAAUCCCAAAACGCCCACCCACUCAUACCACGGCCAGCACCAACUAACCCACGCCCAAGCCCAUACCUCUAUAGCCGCCGUCACGACCGGCGUCACCUGA